AUUUUAUUCAAAAGUCGAUUUUAAUUUAAUUUCCUUACAUUAUUAUCAUUAUUAUAUAACAUAAUAUUUCUUAUCAUGAAAAUUAUCUGCAAGUAUAAGUAAUGAGGCGUUAUAAAAGGGCGGCGUGGCUGUCAGCUAGUGACAGAAGUCCUGCGAAUUUGAUGACAUCAGACUGUCACUUCAAAGACGGACAAUGAGAAAUAGUUUAAUGUUGCUACUUCUCCUGACGGCCCUUGGUUUUAGCCAAGCUGCAUCUCCUGGGGUGGACAAUUCGCCUCCCCAAAUACAUCACGGAGCAAACUACCCUCCAGAUCAUGACGAGAAAGUCAUUCACGAACGGAUUCGAAAUUGGAAUCCAAACCACGGCUCAAACAUUUGGGAGUUGAGCGGAUUAAAAGAGGGCGACAUCAUGGAGCCGAAACGGAAUAAGGGCAAGAAUGUGGUCAAGUCGAGGAAAAUCAACUGGCCGAACGGAAUUAUUCCUUUCUCUCUCCAACCGGGAAUGAACCAGGGGGAGAAAAAGGCCGUUCAAAGAGGGAUGGACCUGGUAUCCAAAAAUUCUUGCAUAAAAUUUCGACCUUGGCGCUCUUCGGAUAAGGACUUUGUGCACAUCAUGUACAAUAUGACCGGCUGCUGGGGCUACGUGGGGCGGCAGGGCGGAGGUCAAGUCAUCAGUUUGCAGCGACACGCCUGUUUCAUUCCAGGAACGGUUGCCCACGAACUCUUGCACGCCACCGGUUUCCAUCACGAACAAAGCGCCCCAAACAGAGACGAUUUCGUCUUUAUCAAUUACACCAAUAUUGAAAAAAACAAAAAGCACCAGUUUGUCAAAUACAACACUUCCUAUGUGACGGAUUAUGGAGUUGGAUACGAUUAUGACAGUUUGAUGCACUACAGCAGAAAGGCCUUUUCCAAAAACGGAGAAGACACCAUCAUCCCUUAUCAACCGGGAGUGGAGAUUGGACAGAAGAGCCACGUCUCGGAAAAAGACUACGAGAAAUUGAACUUCAAGUACUGCAACGCAACCGUGGCCGAGAUGGAAAACGCAGAUUUGACUACCGCCUCAAGCAGACCAACGGCCGGACCGCGCCCGGGCACGGUAGUAAAACCGGACAGCAGACCACCUAGCAACAACAACAAUAGGCCGAGCGGAGGAAACAGGCCUGGUGGCUCAGGAGGAAGUCGACCACCGGGAAAUAACAGCGGAGGCAGCAACAGACCUAGUGGAGCGUAUCCAGGUGGCAGGCCGCCCAACAGAAGACCAAACCAAUAAUUAUGCAGAAAUACCAUGAAUCAUUUUGAAAAAAUGUGACACAUUUUUGAAAAACAUGAAACGAGAGAUAAAAAUUAAAAAUAAAAGUUGA